ACAUACCUGGCCCUCUAGACAAGUGGCAAGCGAAUUAAUCGAUUUUUAAUCGAAUCCGUGAGAUAAAAUUAAAUAGCAACGUCAGAUGACUCAUUCCAAUUCACGGGCUCGUCAGCGAUAUCAGUUCCAUCGACAAAUUCGCUCGCCACUUGUCUAGAGGGCCUGCUUCUUUAUUGCCGACGCAUUAUUGUGGAUUGCACCACGUCGUGGUCGCAACGACGAAGCAGGUAUUAAGGUACUAUACCUGUAGUUUUACAUCGCGUAAAGUCCCAAUUGUGUAUUUAAAAAACAGUGUUUCUUUUUAGUUGAUACACGCAAAGAUUAUGAGCGGAUUGCAAAUUAAUUUUGUAUUUCUAUUAGUCUAUACAUAUGUGGCGGGGGAUCAGUGUAUAAGGUACAAUUUUGAGGAUGGCCUCGCUGGGUUUACGACGGAGCAUCCAAGAUGUAAAGGUCUGGACAGCUGGUCACUGGGUACAUACAACACCACAUCUGUACCCCCUAUGAGCGGACCAGGCACAGUGUAUGUGACACCGUCGCCACCCCAAACCUGUAUAGCCACGACGGAUCCAUUCAGUAUGGCCAUGGAUGGUAGCAUCAGACUGAACCUGUAUAUGGGUAUUGGCGAGAAUACAAUGACGUUACUGGUGGUCACACCAGAGAACUCCGUGAGCCAGAGUCAUGUGUUCGACGAGGAUAAAUUUGAAUGGAUAACGUAUACAUUGCCCAUAACUCGACCGUGUACUUCUUGUCAGUUUGUACUACUGGGAUCAGUGUCGGACAAUAGCGUGAUGUUACUCGACUCAAUUCGUUACAAAGGCCCUACAUUGGAUUGGGAGCAAUGCUCAGUUUAUUUACCAUUGCCAACACCUACCCAACCACCACCACCACCACUGACCACUGACGACAGCUGUGUCACGUACGAUUUCGAAAAUGGACUGGACAAUUUCAUUCUAGACCACGAGAUAUGUGCCAAUUAUAAUGGCAAAUGGACUUUGGGGAGCUACGAGUCUAUUCCAAUAGCUAGACCUCACCCAUCGAGCAAUAAAUACAUAGCACCAGAUUUCUUAGCGGCGGAAUACGCCUGUAUAUGCACUUUUGCUAUUCACAUGAGUGAAGGUGGCACAGUCGAGGUGAACGCUUAUAUGACAGUGGGCAGCACCCUCUCAAUACUAACCCUGACUGAGGACAAUAGAAUAGCAAACAUCGAGAGAUAUGCCCCUGAAAAAGACUCCACAGACUGGAUAUCAAUACAAUUCCCUUUGUGGCAAACAUGUAACUUUGGUUAUAUAAUUCUUUUAGCUGAAACAGACGACGCCAAUGCUAUGUUAUUAAUUGACUCGUUUAGAUAUAUACCUAAAACAAUGAGUAGUGAAAAAUGCACAAUAUACGAGGAAAUCGUCACGACCGACGCUGAGACGACAUACACGAGUACCGAGUCGACCAGCACACAACAUAUAGGACAAAUAGACGAUUGCAUCACGUAUAAUUUUGAAAAUGGACUUGUUGGAUUAAUAUUGGACCAUCCAAUAUGUUUGGACGCCGAUAGCGUUUGGACAUUGCAGAGUUACGACUCAACCUCUGUAGAAACACCAAACGAAGCCAGCAACAUGCACUUGACACCUUCCAGAGGAUCAGUUCCUGCAGUGAGCUGUAUAGCAACUAUAGCUUUUGAUAUAAAAACUGGCGGUGUAGUCGAAGUGAACGUUUACAUAGAGAGAGGGCUGCACUUCGUAACCAUACUAAUAAACGAGCAGGGCAGGACGCAUUACGGCGCCAUGUUGGCGGGAUUGACGCCCGGCUGGUCGGCCAUAAGGUUCGCCUGGCCUAGACCGACGUGUCACUCGUGUUCGAUCGUAUUAGUGGGCGUAGAAAGAAAUGCUGGACUGAUGUUGAUCGAUUCGUUUCGAUACAUACCGCCUACGUUAGACGACGACCGAUGCGCCCUCUACAACUGACUGACGGGGCACCGCCAGUCGCCCUUGGGCACGUCGGCGAGCGGCGGCACGAGGCAGAACGUGUGGUACGAGUCGUCGCAGCCGUCGCACAGCAGCAUCUGCUCCUCGAUGUCACCGCGGCCGCACACGUGGCACAUGUACUU